AUGGCAACUAUAUAUUGCCUGAAAAUUCGUUAUUCUGUUCCCGAGGAAAUGCAGGAGGAAGCAGUAAUUGGAAAUAUAGCUUCCGAUAUCGGUCUGGACACUAGCACCCUUUAUAAACGUGGGCUACGGAUUGCUUUGGGGAGUGGAAAGCAUUAUCUGGAUGUUAACAAAAUAAACGGACAAAUUUUCAUUAAGAGAAAAAUCGAUCGAGAAAAUAUUUGCGCAUUCAAAGAUGAAUGCAUACUUAAUCUUGAAACUUUACUUGAAAAUCCACUGCAGAUGUUUAGCGUUGAGGUAGAAAUUUUAGAUGUGAAUGAUAAUGCCCCGAGAUUUCCUUUCACCGUACGUCGCAUAAACAUUUCAGAAGCAAAGCUCAAAGGCGACAGAUUUUUGUUAGUGAAGGCAGUGGACCCCGAUAUAGGCAACAACUCGGUAUGUAAUUAUAAACUGAGCGAAAAUUUGUAUUUUGAGAUCGCCGUCAAGACUUGGAAAGAUGGUUCAGUGUCAGCUGAUUUAUUAAUUAAGGAGGCACUCGACAGAGAACAGCAAGCCGAACACAAUUUAAUUCUGACGGCAUUGGAUUGCGGAAAACCAGCAUUGUCUGGCUCGAUUAAUAUCACAGUCGUCAUACUUGACGACAACGACAAUGCUCCAAUAUUUGAAAGAGAGGUAUAUCAUGUAGAGGUUUCAGAAAAGACAUCAACUGGUACCACGUUUAUUACGAUAAAUGCGACAGAUGCUGAUGAAGGCUCAAACGCUGAGUUAUUCUAUUCAUUUAAUCCUCACACCUCUGAGGAGGCCCAAAUGAAAUUUCGUUUGAAUUCCAGGACAGGUGAGCUCAUUGUUAAUGAACCACUGGAUUUCGAAGAAGCUUCCUUAUAUGAGUUAUUUGUGCAAGCAAACGAUAACGGGCCAAAUCCUAUGACUGGACACUGCAAAGUAAUAAUAAAAGUCGUCGACAGCAACGACAACCAGCCGGAAAUCAUAGUUGCCUCAUCGCAGAGUUCAGUAUCUGAAGAUGUACCCUUAGGCACAGUCAUUGCACUAUUUAGUGUCACAGAUCUGGACUCUGGGAACAAUGGCAAGGUAAACUGUCAUAUAUCAAGCAAUAAUGAAUUUGAACUUCAGCAAACUAUGGCUAAUGUUUAUGCUCUCGUGACUGCAGAGCUUUUGGAUCGAGAAAGAAAAUCUAGCUUCAAUAUCACUAUUGUAGUCAAGGAUGAAGGAACUCCUCCCCUAGCAAACAACAAAACAAUUUGUUUAAAUGUGUUGGAUGUAAACGACAACGCGCCAUCGUUUUCGCGUGCUUCAUUUGAAAUUCCAGUUCCUGAAAACAACAUCCCCGGUACUCUGCUCUGUUCCAUUACUGCAGUGGAUCCUGAUGCGAACCUGAACGGCGUUUUGAAAUAUUACAUAGAAGAAAAAAAUAACUCCAAUAACACCUUCAUGAAAAUUUUUUCCAUUAAUCGUGACAACGGAAACAUUUACUCACUGCAGUCCUUCGACUAUGAAAAACUGACAUUCUAUAUUUUUAAUGUGGUAGCUAAAGACUCUGGCACUCCUCAGCUAAGCAGCAGCGUGACUGUCAAGAUAACUGUCCUUGAUGAAAACGAUAACACACCGGUUAUUGUUUCACCUUGGCGCCCUCAUGGGUCAAUAGUUAGCGAUAUAAUUCCGAGGUCGGCUGAAGAAGGAUAUUUAGUGACCAAAGUUAUAGCAAUUGAUGACGACUCGGUUCAAAAUUCACGAAUUACUUACCAUUUACUUCAAGUAACUGACCAAACAUUAUUUACGUUAAACCAGUACAGUGGGGAGCUUCGAACCAGAAGGCGCUUUGGCGUUCGAGACUCUUCCAAACAAAGACUUGUGAUUCAAGCCCGGGACAAUGGCAAUCCUUCACUGUCGUCCACAGUUACAAUCCUCAUAUCAAGAUCUGACCCGGAAGUCGAUGUUCUUCUGACAAUAAAUGAUGAGGUAGAGACGGAGUACGUAUCAACUUUAAACAUUUAUUUGAUGAUCGGUCUCGCUUCGGCUUCAUUUCUGCUUAUUUUAACAAUAGUGAUCUGUGCUGCGCUUAAAUGUCAACAAAGUCCAUCUGAAGACAGUCAAAAAUCAGCACAUCGGAUUAGCUGUUACAGCCAAAGGGAUUCAAUGAUUUCUGACCUGCCGGCACAUUCAACUUUAUAUUCGAGCGACGCUUACUGGCACAGCGUGCUUUUAGCGGAAUCAAGAAAAGGAAAAAUGCUGGUGAGACAGUCAAUGCCCAAUGGAACUGGUUUCAUUGUGUCAAGUUUGGAGAGGCACCCAGAGCAGGGAACGAUAAGCGAAUUAGCAGACACACCGAUUCAGGUAAGGCCCUAA